AUGUGGAAGACGUCAACUUCAUCUCUGCGAACGAUUGCCUUCAGGACAACAACGGGUUUCAAAAACACUGGUAUUACAAGUUUCCCCAUUCGACUGACUAAAGCAACUCCAUCAGUAGUGACGAACAUGACGACGAGCCGUGCCGCCUCCUCGUCCUCCUUUGUAUUUCCCCCUCCACCAACGCCGUCUGUGGAAAUCCAUGGCUCUGAUCAACGCUUUCCGGUGCAUCGAGUGUAUUGCGUGGGACGGAACUAUGCAGAUCAUGUCCGUGAAAUGGGAGGGGAUCCCAACAUGUCUCAGCCAAUCUUCUUUACCAAACCUGCCAAUGCCAUUGUCCCCACGAACACCAAGAUUCCCUAUCCAUUGGCCACCACCAAUCUGCAUUACGAAGUCGAAUUGGUAGUCGCCAUUGGCCAAGAAGGCGUCAAAAUCCCCAUUGCCAAAGCGAGUGACUACAUUUUUGGAUAUGCCACUGGAAUCGAUUUGACCAGACGAGAUUUGCAAAAUUUGUCCAAAGACAAGGGUCUGCCAUGGGAUACCGCCAAGGCAUUGGACCAAGGAGCACCCAUUUCGGCCAUCACACCGAUACGGAAUAUUAGUAGUGGUGGUGACGAUGAUGAUGAUGACUCGUCUUCCUUUUCGUUAGAUGUCACAAGCAAGAUUUCCUUGACGGUAAAUGGGGAACCCAAGCAAGAAGGAACUUUGAAUCAAAUGAUUUGGACCGUGGAAGAAGUGAUAUCGCACUUGUCUCACAUGUUCACACUGCAACCAGGGGAUUUGAUUUAUACUGGAACACCCAAGGGAGUGGGUCCAAUCGUUGCUGGUGACCAUGUCAAGGCAAUGAUUGAAGGAUUGGAAACGGUAGAGAUGGCACUCACAAAGAGUGAUACCUAA